AUGGCUUCUGUUUCAGAGACCGUUCAAAAUGAUAGUGGAGUAUGGGAUACCAGAGUUCAACAAUUUCACGGUGGUCAAGACUGGAGAUUCUUGGACAACUUUGUCGAAGACUUUUCAGUUACUACAAAUGCCUUAGGUACACCUAAAGCCGCGUUAGAAGCAGCCAAAGAGGCAGUUAAUACUUGUCAUCAUUAUCCACCUGCAGACCAAGAACCCGCCAAAACUUCCCUGGCCCAAUUCAUCUGGCCUGAUGAUUAUUCCGUAAAUCAUGGUAGAUUACUUCUUGGUAAUGGUGCGAGUGAAUUGAUCGAUUUGGUCACAAGAUCUGCUCCUUUAGGCACAUGGAAACCUGGUCCGUGGGAUGUUCAAUACAAGGAAUAUGAAAGAUCGGCAGAAACUAAUGGAAGGGCCAUUCUUCAACCUCAAGAUACCACACCUGCCAAUCUUACGUGUAUCGUUAAUCCUUGUAAUCCGACUGGUGAUUACAAAAACAUUAUAGAAUUAAAGCACUGGAUUGAUGAUAAUGUUGCGGAUGGUGGUUUUGUUAUCCAAAAUUUUUUCUAUUUUGGAAUUUUAAAAGAUGAAUCAAUGCAACCUUGGUUAUCACCCGAUUUCCGAGCCGAUUCUCUUACUUCCCAAAAUGAAUUCAUUGCCAUGCUUUAUCAAACUAGACGAAUUUCAGUUUAUAUCAUACAUUCAUGGACAAAAAUCUGGUCGUGUACUGGUUUACGUUUAGGUUCCGUUGUAUGUCCUACUUUAGCACAUUGCGAAGUUUUAAAAAAACUUCAAGUACCUUGGAGUGUUAAUUCCCCUGCACUUGCAUUCUUAAAUGAAGUUGUCAAAGAUGCUGCAUAUAUGGAACAAACUUGGGAACUUACAUCAAAAUGGCGUGCUGAAAUCAUUGAAAGAUUAAAACCUCUGUCAGAUAGUAUCGCACAAGCAAUGAAUGAUGAAGAAUUUGCCUGGAAAUUUUACGGAAAAAGCUUUUUAUCAUGGAUUUGGAUUGAUACAAAAUCUAAAUCAAUAGCUGAUCAAGUGGUUUUUAGAGCCAGAGCUGCUGGUGUACCAGUUCGAAGUGGUUCUCCUGGCUAUAAUCGUCCAACUUAUAUUCGUGUAGCAGUUCGAGAACCUUCCAAAGUUGAUGUCUUGAUGGAUGCUUUGCGAGCAUUCGAAUUAGAAGAAGAAGAAUAA